UGUAUGUAUGUAUAUGCCCAUCUGCGUUUGAACUCGAAGAAGCGAUGAAUUUUGAAUUUGAGAGGGAGAUCGGGUUCAUAAACAGCCAGCCUUCCCUUGCAGAGUGCCUGACAUCCUUUCCCGCUGUCCUGGAGUCAUUUCAAACUUCAUCAAUCAAGGACUCGACAUUCCUUCCUCCUAUUGAAACCUCCAUUCCCAGCCUAAUCCCGUGCACUAGCAGCCAGCCGCGACCGAGAAGCCAAAAAACGAUUCAUAAUGGCUUCCUUCUCCAGCAACCAGCACAACAACCCGCGGCUCUCCAGGUUCCUUCUGCCCCGGCGGCAGCCGAGUUCGCAUGGAUGAAGGAAAAGAAAUCCUCGAAGAAGAACCAUCACCAGUCCCCUGCCGGUGUGACAGUUGCAGCGGCAAACUCUGCCUCUCCCUCGCCGUCUUCUGCUGGCUUUCUCGGCUCUGGGGUCGGUUCUCCGGGAGAAGCCCAUAGCGCAUUGGAUAAUGGGAGCGGUUCCAGGAGACUCCGGACAGCCUACACCAACACCCAGCUCCUGGAACUAGAAAAGGAGUUUCACUUCAAUAAGUACCUUUGCCGGCCUCGCAGGGUGGAGAUAGCCGCCUUGCUGGAUCUAACCGAGAGGCAGGUCAAAGUCUGGUUUCAGAACCGGAGAAUGAAGCACAAAAGGCAGACGACGCAUCACAGGGACGGCCAAGAAGGGGACCCGGGUUCCUUUGAGGCCAUGGAAGAAGGGGAGGACGGAUCCCCGUUUGCCGGCCUGCCCCUGGAGGCGUCCGGGUCAACGGCGUUAGAAAGGGAAACGACGUGCGGUUCGGCUUCUUCUUUUAGGACUAACAAUAAUAACAAUUGUACGAAGCAGCCCGCUGCUAAAGAGCCGCACCAGACCCCGCAGGAGCAUGCUACUGCCCCCGGGAAAAGUGUUAGAAGCCCCUUGUAUGACUCGCCCACACCAGAUACCAUUACAACAAUGGGCCAGGUUUGCGCAUCUGGUCACCCGGAUAACUCGUUUUCUGAGACCCAGGACUCCGCUUCGCUCCCCGAUUUGAAUUUCUUUUCUCCCGAUUCCUGCCUACAGAUUUCAGAAGGCUUGUCUCCUAGUUUGCAAAGUUCCCUCGACAGCCCUGUCGAUUUUUCCGAAGAGGAUUUUGACUUUUUUUCAAACACCCUUUGUACAAUAGACUUACAGCACUUACAGUUUUAGAAACACAAUAAAACAACAAAAAUAACAGACUUUUUGCAGCCCCUCUCCUUCCCCCACCUCAACCUUUACAUAUAUACAUGCACUGAUUUUAUUUUGAAAUUGAAUUAUAUUCAUAAAUUCGGGGUUGAAACUGGAAUGUAUAGAACGUUUUUCUACAAACGUAGUAUCUCAUUCCACACCUUCAGUCCCUGAUUCCUUUGUUCAAAAUCAGGUAUUUAAUGUAUUUUUUUUUAAAUUCAUUCAUUUGCGAUUGUAUUUAUUUAUUUAAAACAAUGAUACAAAUAUAGAUAUAUAUUAAUGUUCACUUAUAAGCGUUGUAGCUUCUUGAUACAACACAUAAAUAAAAAUCCUCAGGAAAUAUAAAAUGUCAUUUUUAGUCCAACUGCUUGUAGCAUUUCUUAUAUAAAAAAUAGGUCUUUUUCUCUCUUUUUACGUUUUAGAAUUUGAUUAUUUAUUGAGAUAUUUCAUAGUAAAUUGCAAAUUAUUUAUUGUACAUUAUUUUCAUAGAUGAAAUAAUAAAAAAAAUACUUUAUAAGCUUACAAA